CCUGUCGGGAGGCGGGGCACUGGCGGCCUCUGCCAGGACGUUGGGCCCGGCCCGGCGGGCCGCGGAGUGGCGGCGAGAGGGGGCGCAGCGGGGCAGGGCGGGCGCGGCGCGGAGGAAGUGCGGUCUUCGCGGCUCGGCGCGGGGCCGCAAUGUCGUCCCGGCUCGGGCGCGACGACUCGGGGACCGGGGGCGCGCGGCGGCCGCGGGAGCCUCCGAAGCAAGAGCUGCAGCGACGCCGGGAACAGAGGCGGCGGCGGCACGACGCGCAGCAACUGCAGCAGCUCAAGCACCUGGAGUCCUUUUAUGAAAAACCUCCUCCUGGACUUAUCAAGGAGGAUGAGACUAAGCCAGAAGACUGUAUACCAGAUGUCCCAGGCAGUGAACAUGCCAGGGAAUUUCUGGCCCACGCACCAACCAAAGGACUUUGGAUGCCACUGGGGAAAGAAGUCAAAGUCAUGCAGUCCUGGGACAUGAACUCUUCAGGAAACAAGGACAAUUUUGAGGGCAGUAACUCCAGACCUUUCUUUUAUGUGCACCCCGUGGCCCAGCAGCUUCACCUGGGUCCCUGGUACCAGAAUGCUGUCUAUAAUCCGUUCUCCAUUCCUGGAGCAGGUAGAAAACUAGGUGUGAUAAGGAGAGCUUCUGAAUUCACCACUGUUGCCAGCUGAAUAGUAGUCUCAGUCUGAGCAACAGGGACCUGUGCCAGCGUAUGGCCUGUGACCUACAAUUCUUCACUGUGUCUCUACCUGCCAGAUGUUGGACUAGCACCUCCACAUGAGCCAGCUCCUUCAAGAAAUCUCACCGUUUAUAAACCCUUGGCUCUGUUUCUCUGCAGAUUCCCUAAUUAGUACAGAUGUUGAAAUGCUGUCUUGAAAUGGUGCAGAGACAGGAAUUGUGUGAGGAAGAGUACAGCAUACAGAGGGGGGGAUGUUUCUGAGAGGAAGAAAUUCAUAUUGUAUCUUUUUAUUUUUAAAGAUUUUAAAUUUUAUUUAUUUCUGGCUGCGUUGGGUCUUCGUUGCUGUGCGCGUGGGCUUUCUCUAGUUGCGGUGAGCAGGGGCUACUCUUCGCUGUGGUGCGCAGGCUUCUCAUUGUGGUGGCUUCUCUUGUUGUGGAGCACAGGCUCUAGGCAUGCGGGCUUCAGUAGUUGUGGCUCACGGACUCUAGAGCGCAGACUCAAUCGUUGUGGCACACGGGCUUAGUUGCUCUGCGGCAUGUGGGAUCUUCCUGGACCAGGGCUUUGCAUUGGCGGGUGGAUUCUUAACCACUGCGCCCCCAGGGAAGUCCCCCAAAUAUAUUAUUGAUAAGCGUUGAAAACAGUGAUGCCCAUUAAAAAAAUAAAUGGAUAAAGGUCUCACCUCUUUGACUAAGGACAUAUAGAUUCUGAUAAGGAAGAGUGCAUUUUAUUGUACUGGGUCAGUUUCAAGAUUGAGUUUUUCCUUUUGUAAAGAUAAAAAUUAUACCCAUUAAGAAAAUAAUCCAUACCUAAAUACUGAGUCAGUGAAAUAUAGAAAGCAAGGAUUAAUGGUGAUUAGGUGACCAGCCUGGUCCUGGUGCCCUGUGCUUCCCACUCACUGACAUCUCUAAGUGGUGAAGCUGGCGGUUGAUCUCAGGUCAGCCUGAUACCCAAAUCUGCUGCUGUCUGUCUGCUCCAGUCACAGGAAUGUGAGGUCAUUUGGCAUUAGCCUGGAACAGAGAAUGGCUGGUAAAUACUGCGUCUACUUUAUUCAAGGUUGUCCCUGACUGAAUCUUAGGCUGUUAAAACUUUUCGUUCCUGAACCUAAGAAAAAUCAUGCGUGACAUCAGCUGGCCGCUGGAGGGCACUGUGGAACAGGCUAAGAGUUGCUGAAGCCAAGGGUAUUUCGUUUUCCCCAGAUCCUGCAUUCCAAAUCAGGUUCUGGUUUUCUACUCUGCUGUACUUACUUUGGGAUCACACCACAAGGGCAGGUAGAGGGUUGAGUCCAUACUAUUUUACACUUAUUUUUGAAAAGGAGGAAUCUUUUCCUUCAUAUUUUCUACAUGAGGUGCUGUAAAAAACUGUCUCUAAGUAUAUAACGUUGUGGAUGAAAACAUGGGCUCUAGAAUCAGAUUCACCUUGACUCUAGUCCCAAUCAAUCAUUUAUUAGUUGUGUGAGUUUAGGCGGCUACUUAAUGUCUCUGGUUCCAACCCCUCAUUUGUAAAUUGGGAAAAAUAACUACCUCUCAGGGUUGUAAAAACUAAGAUAAUACAUGUAGAGCAUCCAGUAUAGCUUUCAGUCAUAUAGUAAGUGCUCAAUAAAUGGCAGUAGUCAUUACUACUAUUUUUAAGAGACCCUGGAUCAACUUAUUUUUAUGGUUUUCCUGUCACAGCAAUUCCAUUUCAACAAUUCAAGCUGUCACACAGUCCACAACAUUUCCCCCAAGAAUUGAGCCCUUUGUCCUCUUUGAAUCUUCUACCACAAAGCUCAGUGCCUGGGCACAAGGGUUCAUGUGAUUCGUUGAACUAAGUGGUGUCAGUAAAGCUAUCUUUUAAGAUGAGCCCGAGAAAGUGGGCUUUAUUACUUGGAAAAUGGCUGAACUUGCAGAGCAGUUAGCUUUGAGGUUAGCAGAGGGAGUAAAAUAAAGAGACAGGGAGAUUUAAAAAUAUUCAUGUUUAUCAUGAAUAAUGCAGUCAUUUACUCAGCACCUACUUUGUGUCUGCCCUCCGGAAGCUCACUGCCUGGCCGGGAGACACAUCUCCCUAACUGUGAUACAGUGUGAUGAGUAGGUUAGCUUUUGGAGCACAUGGAGAGAGAGGAAUGGGUUCUGCUUGUGGUGGGAGUGGGAAGCUGGAAUACAGAGUACUGCUGAAAAUCGGAUCUGGCUCAGAACUGAGCCCUGGCAACAUCUGGACGGUGGGGUUAAGGUAUUCCCUUCUCUAAAGGAUCUGUUUGUACCCUCCAGUUUACAAGGAGGAUGGGGAGUCUUUUGGAGGUUGUAGGUUCAGACCCAUUCAGGCUUAUCUGAUGCGUUUGGAAGAGAGGGGCUACAUAUUGGGUCGGCCAAAAAGUUCGUUUGGGUUUUUCUGGUGAAAUAUGGAAAAACCCGAACGAUCUUUUUGGCCAACCCAAUACCAAUACAGGUUGAAGGGAGGGAUUUCAGAGGUCUUGGAAUUUCAUCAGAGGGGAACAAAGAGUCAUAAGUAUGAGGAAGUGGCUUCAGAAAGAAGCUGAGGAUCAGCAAGAAGUGUGAAGGUCCUAGGAAACUCAUCCUAACUCAUGCCCCCAGGGAUGCAUGUCCUGAGGAGGGAAGGGAGUGUCUAAGAGAAUGUAAGAGCUGUCUCUCCAAACUCUGUAUACAUUGUGGGCCUGACUUUUUCUCUUGAGCACUUUGAUAGGAGUCCUGUGUCACUAGGACUAUGUCAGUCACAUGCAGGCAAAGUGGGCAGCUGAACAGCUCAGAAAGAGGCAUGAAAAGGCAAUCAGGAAACCUGAGUUUGUCGCCAAGUGGCUGUGUAACCUCAGGCAAGUCACCUCUGUUUUUUAGGACUUCAGUUUUCUCAUCCAUAAAACAGGAGUUGAAUUGGAUGUUUGGGUUUCCUUCCAGUACUCAACUCUCCACCUUUGGUUGUCUUCAUUUCAGCGGAAGAGAAAAUCAGUCAAGGGCCUGAGGUCCAAGUGGGGAGGAGGGGUGGUUAACCGUAAGUGACAGGUCAUGUCUGCAAAGCCCAGGCGUGCUCAUUCUUCCCUCCUGUCAACAGCCACCCCAUCACUGCCAGCUGUGGUGUGUUUGGAAUCUGUUCUGUGUUGGUAGCCAUUGGGAAUUGAGGGCAUGUUUCCACAUCUGCGGAUUUUCCCAUGACUUCUUGUCCCAUGGGAAUCUAGUGGUUUUUGGAUACUGUGGCUAAUCUUUUAAAGCUAUGAUGCUUCCUGUUCUCCUUGCUGCCUCUUCCUUUUCUGUUCUGUUUCAAUGAGAGUGAACCUGAAAACUGUCAGAGUGGAAACCACAUGGAGAGGAGUCAUGGUCUGGUGUAGAAGCUCUAUCACUUAUUCACUGAGUGAACUCAGGCAGGCCAUUUAUCCUCUUUGGGUUUUGGUUUCCUCAUCUUUUAAACCAAGACAAGAACUCAUGCCUUUCCCAUUCUAUACAGGUGUUCUGAAGAUGCAGGGGUCUCACAGAUGUGAAAUGCUUUAACUUGGCCAACUGUAUGUAUUGACAUGGGGUCCGAUUCUGGAUUCCUCUUCAUUCAUCAUUGGAUACCAGCUGGUAACAUCCUGGUUGACUUUUGAAUCUAUACGCCACAGCUUUCCAAAAAGAACUGUGGCAUCGACCAGAAUGCCUGCAAAAUAAUUGAUCACUCUAUUUUCUAUAAAAUAGAGAAAUAGAGUAGAAGAUCAUGACCAUGGAGUGUGGUGAAUCAUAGAUAUGUGGGUCAUGGGCUCACAUGCUUCCCCUGAUCUCUAUUUUCUAUAAAAUAGAGAAAUAGAGUAGAAGAUCAUGACCAUGGAGUGUGGUGAAUCAUAGAUAUGUGGGUCAUGGGCUCACAUGCUUCCCCUGAUCUCUGGGAAGGAGUCUGUUUACUUCCUUUUAAGUAUUUGCUUUUGUCUCCUAAUUGCAACUUCUUGGGCCGUGGGCCCCAUUAACACUUCUUCAGAGCAGCCCUGUUAUUUGUCAUUGGUUUUAGCCAUCUUCAUGGUCACCUGCUCAUGGGGGUAGUAGGAAAUGGGAAGGACCUUACUUUUCCCUCUGCUAAAGUGCCUGGAGAGCAUCUCUUAGUGAUUGCAGCUGGAAGUGUGACAUUUAAUUAGUGGAGAAAAUUGAGUCAGAGAAGAUGCAGGCUGUGUGGGCAAGAGGGUGAGAAAAGGCUGGGGGAGACGUGAUAUGCUCAGUGGGGCAAUUUGGCCCAGGUGUUCUCCCAGAUCCAGAUUGGGUGUUCACAUCACCACAGGUGGAGAUUACAGAAGCUUCAGGAAUUUUCCAUAGUGAUGGGAACCACAAGUGAACCCUCAGGGACGCCUAGUUUCUUCUAUCCUACCCUUGCUUUAUUUGGGAAAGCAAAUGAUGACUCCCCCCUCUCUUCCGAGAGGUGAGGACCUCACCCAAUGAAGCCUGGCCUCCUGCUGGCCUCCUGACUGGUGCUUGGAGAUGACACAAGCUUGCACUGAGAGCUGUGGUCUCUUAGAGCACAGGAUCCAGAGUGUGAUGAGUUGGAAAGGAGCUUCAGCACCUCUAUGCCCAGUCCUGCACCUUAUAGAAGAGGAGACCUAGGUCCAGAGAGGGGCAUUGACUUGCCUACGGGACUUAGGGGCUGAGCUGGAACCGGUGCUUAGGUCAUUGACACCUGGUUCAGAGCUCUUGGCUAUGCCACUCCAUCUCCAUGACUGGAUGGUGAUGUUUGGGUUACACUGGAUAAAAUUACCCCCUCUCUCCCAGAAGCUGAACGAAAUCGCUUGUGUCUGAGCACCUGCACUUCUCCAUGUGUGUCUUAGAGAUAUGCAUUCCCAGUUUAUUUCAAAAGUACUAUUUCUUCCCUGCAGGCACAGGAUUAAUUGUAGUAAUGCCUCAUCUGCCUCUGGGCCCCUGGUACCUUGAAAAAGGCUGACAGUCUGCAGCAGGAGCUAAAGAGUGCAGGGGGACCAGGAGGAGGGGCUUAGAUGGAACAGGAGGCAGAAAGGAAGAGGACCCAGUAUGGAACUUAAAGGAGAAGUGGGGAUCUGCCUUCUAAUACUUGCUCUGUUGUGUGCAAAUUUGGCAAAUUCCAAAAUUCCAUUUCCUUCUCAGUCCCCCUUUACCAUUUCCCAGUCUCUUUUCUUAGGCUAAGCAAGAUGAGACCAAAAGAUAAUGCUAAAAAUAACUCCGUUCUUUAAUAAAUUACUUUUUAUCUUUAUGAUUUUGAUUAUUCCUCAUGGGUCAAUGACACUUGAUAGAAAAGUGAACUCCCCACCUGUGGCUUAAAGCCAAACCCAGGUUUCAGCUUUGAGGGGAUUCCUGAGGGUAUCCCAUUAAUAACCCUGAAGUCCUUAGGGAAGAAUGAGAUGCAGAUUCUAGUCGGGAUCUCCAUCACUCAAGCAGGGGGACCCAGCCAUUUUGUAAAUCAACUAAGAGAGUAGGUGGCCAGGAAUUCAGGAAAUUGUGCUCACCUUUUCACUCGAGUGGUUCUGCAGGGCAGGACAGAUGGGCACAACUGUACGCAUUGGCAGAUGAUUUAGAGGGUGUGGUGUAAACGUCCUGCCCUUGCGGGCUUGUCCUAGCUCACAGCCACCAGCCAAGUGAUCUUGAGUAGGUGACAUUUAGUGUGGUUUUUGCUUUGUGUCAGACACUCUCCUAAGCACACUGCUCCUCACAAUGACCCAGUGAGAGGGGAUGUAUUAUUGUCCCCUGUAUCAGUCAGGGUUCUCCAGAGAAACUGAACCAAUAUGCGAUCUCUCCGUAUCUCUAUCUCUAUAGAUCUAUUAUGUACCCAUUAUCUAUCUAUCUAUCUAUCUAUCUAUCUAUCUAUCUACCUACCUACCUAUCUACCUACCUACCUACCUACCUACCUACCUACCUACCUAUCUCAAGGAAUUGGCUUACACAACUGGCAAGUCCUAGGUCCGUAGGGCAGAUCAGUAGGCUGGGGCAGGAGCCUAUGUUGCCAGAGACAGAAUUUCUUUCUCUGAGAAACCUCAGUUUUGGCUCCUAAGGCUGUUUACCUAAUUGGAUGAGACCCGCCCACAAUACUGAGAGUAGUCUCCCUCAUUUAAAGUCAAUUGAUUGUACCUGUUAACCACAUCUACAAAAUAUCUUCACAGCAACACCUAGAUUAGUGUUUGAUUAAAUAGCGGGGCACUACAGCCUAGCCAAGUUGACACAUGCAACUGACCACCACAAACCCUUUUACACAUGAGCAAACUGAGGCAGAGAGUUCAUGUCCAAGGUCUGGGCUGGGAUGUGACAAGGUUAGAAUUUCAACCCAGGCUCCUCAGCUGUGCCCUUCCCCGUUGUGUUGCUCCAUGGCCUAACUGAUUGCGGUUUCCUCAAGUACAGAUGAAGCUAAUACUGCCUGCCUCUUUCUACUCACAGGAUUCCUGUACUUACUUAUGUGCUUUUAUUCUCUCAUUCCAAAUUGGAUUCGAGGAAGCUCUGAGAAAUCAACAAGUGAAUUCCCAUAAAGGUAUUUUGAAGACGAUGAUGAGAAAAAAUAAACCAACACUGACCGUGCGCCUAUAUGUGCCAGACACAAUGGCAGCGUCUGCACGUUUGUUGUCUAAUUUAAUACUCAGAAAAAAUGCAAAUCCUCCAUUCCUCAAUGUUCUUUGAGGGCAACUAGACCUUGCUCGUAUCCUUGUUGCUUUUCACAGGGCUGGGAGCAGUGGAGAUACCCAUUAAAUGCCUAUGAAUCAAUGGAAUUAUUGCCCAGUGGUGAAACAUGAGACCAAGGUGAUGGUUGCUAAGAGCUUCUUGGGCGGGGCAAAGGAUUUUAUAUGGGAUCCAAUCUCUUGUAGGAGCUGAAAAAAUAAUCCCAGCUCAUGUUGCCUUGAGAGGGAAGGAGGAGUCUUCUCCAGAGACUCAUAGGGGAAAUCAUCUGCAGGUGAACUUGCUAAAAUUAUCCACUCCUUUGGUGCAACACAGUCCCCAGGCUGGAAAGCACGGCCACAUAUGUCACCUGGACUCUUUAAAGCUUGCUUGUCCUGUAGGCAAAGUCUCUCCACUUAAUGAGUACUGAAUUCCUUUAAUCCCCAGCCCUGGAAAGUGUUCCCCUGGAGGGAGGUAACACGAGUAGAUUUCUUCUCUGGUUUGUUCUAUGUCAAUCCCUCCUCAUAUAAACCCAAAGCAGCAAAAUAGCUGGCCUGACAUGAAAAGGGCUUUGUGUUACGUGGACGUGUCUUAAGGAGAGGUUUACCUGUAGGCAGGGUUUAGGUACUAAUAUGUUAGUAUUAGAGAAGAUAUUCUGGCCAACAAUCAGGUUUAUUUUACCUUUGGCUCUGGGAGGACUGGGGCUUUCUGAAGUUCCCAAGAAUGUAAACUUGGGUCUUUUGAUCUAAGGGAAAUGUGCUGAGAGGUGAAGAGGCACUGGCUUCUCGUCAUGCGUUAGGAGGAAAGGGUGUGAGGUUUUGGCGUUAACCAUGCGUGGUUUGAGUCUUGGCUGUGUCAAUUCCUAGACAUUUGAGAUGGAGCAAGUUACCACCCUUUCCAGGUCUGUUUCCAUAUAUAUAUGUAUGUGUAUAUGUAUAUGUGUAUAUAUAAGUAUAUGGGGAUGUGUAUGUAUAUGUACAAUAUAUAGCAUUGGGAGGACAUUGUGAAAAACAUAGGGCUGUUUUGAUCAUCACCAUGAGACAAUAUAUGUACAGAACUGGGCCUGUAGUAGGUACUCAGUACAUGUCGAGUCUUACCCUUUCCAGAACCACUGCUGGGGGCUUGCCCAAGCCAUGCCUCCCCUGUUGCUGAUUGAAUCUAGAUGAAAUCUAGUUAGAAUGGACACCAGGAACAUCUGAGAGGAGAGACUGUAGUUGAAGUGUGGAAAUUGAGGGCCUGCCUGGGGAGUGUGUUCUGGGAAAUGUAGUGGAUGCUGUCAAUGCCCCUUGUAAUUAUCCCCUUGGACCUGGAGGUCACUUGUAACUUGGGCGGAGUUUUCCAUAUCACACCAAUGACCUCCUACCUCAAGCACAUGAUUCUUUCUGUUUAAAGGUUUUCUCUGGCCUGGUGAGCAUGGUUUGUUCUUCUUUCUCAGGGCUUUGUUAUGUGUGGGUAUGAGGCUGGCACCUGCUGUAGCUAUCUCCUUGCCAGUCUGAGAAUGAAGCUAAGACAUGGAGGAGGUCAAAGAAAUGGAGAAAGAACCACCCUACUUCUGGUCUUGCAGUUUGGUGGAAGGAAUGCAUUCCUUAUAAUAAUUUAAGCUAAUUUGGGUUGGAAUUUUCUAUUUUAUUGUUGUUUUGCUGCUGGAAGUAUGCUAAUCAAUACAGAACUCUCAACCAAUGAACCACAAGAAUAAUCGUGUUCAGAUCAAGUCUUCAGUAUCCAGAAUCUGUCACCCCUCUUCCAUUUGUCCUAUGUUUUUCUCAUUCUAUUGGGAUUAAUCCCAGUAGAUAGUAUUCUCAUAUCAAGGCCUCUGACUCUACUUUUGCAGUUGUUUGCAAAAAGUUCAUGUUUACUGCGAUUUUCAUCAAUUGAUUUCUAUUAAGGGUUGUUUCCUCUAAUCUGUUUUGCAAAAUGCUGAGGUGUUCUGUUUUUGCUUUUCUGGGAGUGGCUCUUAUCUUUUUGCUUUGCUGAGAAGCACUCUCUCCAUCUGAUGCUUCGUCUGGUGACUGUUCUCAACCUUAAUGAACUUUCUCUGCUUUACUGCUGUACUCUCUGUGGCAAGAAGAGAUCCUUUCUGAUGGGGGUCUUGUCUGGGCACAGAAUGAAAUCCCCACCCCAUUGCAUAACACUGUGACAUUUCCGGUAAUAUGGUCUACAUCCUCUCUGGCAGGAGUAGCACAAGGAUGUGCCUGAACUCGAGGGCUCUUAGUACAGGGGCUAAAUAAACACACAGGCCUUUUUUGUUUUAAAGGUUUUCCUGCUAAUCAUAGGGAAGGAGCAGCCAAAGUAACACAUAUGGGGAAAUUACAGUGGUUCAAGAAAUCUCAGAAAAGUUCCAAUAGUAGUGGUUUUAUCGUCUGUACUAAAUUAUUCUCAGAUCAUUUUCUUUUUAUGUUGUAGUCCUUUUCUUUGCUACUACUAAUUAUACUCUGAAUUUAAAAAAAGUUUUGACUUUAGAACUCAAUAAAAAACAGAAGGAUGGGGCUUCCCUGGUGGCGCAGUGGUUGGGAGUCCGCCUGCUGAUGCAGGGGACAUGGGUUCGUUCCCCAGUCCGGGAGGAUCCCACAUGCCGCAGAGUGGCUGGGCCUGUGAGCCAUGGCCGCUGGGCCUGCGCGUCCGGAGUCUGUGCUCUGCAGUGGGAGACGCCACAACAGUGACAGGCCUGUGUACCACAAAAAAAACCCAAAAAACAAAAAGCAGAAGGAUGAAUAUUAAAGCAUCAGAUCACUGUUUUAAACCUUGGAAAAUGGAAUUCCCUGGUGGUCCAAUGGUUAGGACUCGGCCCUUUCACUGCUGCGGCUCAGGUUCAAGAACUAAGAUCCUGCUAGCUGCACAGCGUGGCCAGAAAAAAAAAAAUUAAGCCUUGGAACAUAUUUUUAUGGGUUUAGGAGAAUGAAUAGGGAUAGAGGACCAUUUGUUUUUUGUUGUUGUUGUUGUUUCCGGAGCACAGGGCUGGAACCCAUGUGCCCUGCAGUGGCAGGUGCAUUCUUAUCCACUGCUCCACCAGGGAAGCCCGAUAGGAAGUUAUCUUUGACAACCUCAGAAAUAUGUAAACUCUGAAUUUACACAAGGGGGGUUUAUGUUACAUAAGGAAAUUAUAUAAUUAUAUACAAUUAUAUUAUAUGAUCGUCGUCUCAAAGUACUGUAAGAGCAAAGGUAAAAGUUACCUGUCACAACAAGGGAAAAUAACACAGACAUUUCUUAUUCAAGAUAAUUCAGUUAAAAACAAAACAGGGCUUCCCUGGUGACGCAGUGGUUGAGAGUCUGCCUGCCGGUGCAGGGGACACGGGUUUGUGCCCCGGUCCAGGAAGGUCCCACAUGCCGCAGAGCAACUAAGCCCGAGUACCACAACUACUGACCCUGCGCUCUAGAGCCCGUGAGCCACAACUACUGAGCCCGUGAGCCACAACUACUGAAGCCCGCACACUUAGAGCACAUGCUCUGCAACAAGAGAAGCCACCGCAAUGAGAACCCCGUGCACCGCAACGAAGAGUAGCCCCUGCUCGCCACAACUAGAGAAAGUCUGCACGCAGCAACAAAGACCCAACACAGCCAAAAAUAAAUAAAAGAAAAGAAAGAUAACUUCCUAUUAAAGCACUUCGUGUACUUGUUUACAUGUUAUGAACAUUUGAAUAAUUAGCCCUUUAUUUUGAGUGACCAUUAGGAAAUCAUGAAAUACCUUGAAUGUUGACUUUCAGGGUCAAAUAAACCAGUUUAGCUAUUUUGCUUAAUUUGAACCAAACUUUAUUUAGCUAAAAAUGGCCAAUGACUCAUUUAUUUUCUCAUAUGAAUUAGAAAAAUCAGGUGUGAUGUAAUUAUAAGUAAAUGCAGUUUUAUGAAUUGCCUCUAAUUCAACUGGGAAAUCAUCGUAACUUUUUUUUUUUUUUUUUUGCGGUACGCGGGCCUCUCACUGUUGUGGCCUCUCCCGUUGCGGAGCACAGGCUCCGGACGCGCAGGCUCAGUGGCCAUGGCUCACGGGCCUAGCCGCUCCGCGGCAUGUGGGAUCUUCCCAGACUGGAGUACGAACCCAUGUCCCCUGCAUCGGCAGGCGGACUCUCAACCAUUGCGCCACCAGGGAAGCCCCAUCAUAACUUUUAAACGACCACUUCUUAAAGCAUGUGAUAACUACUCAUACUUACUUGAACUUCUAAAUCUUAAAAUUCCAGUUAUGUACAGCAGUAGAGCUACUUGCUUUAAACAUCAUCAAAUUGAUGAGCAAAUUCUGACUGUCUUAGUGAGUUGCAAAUGGAAGUUGGAAGAUGUACAGUAUGUCCUAGUUCUUUGAGAUGCAUUUUAAUAUAUCCUUCCAUUUUGUUCAUUUACAUUGUAUUUUUAGCUUCUACCCUUCCUUUUUCCCUCUGUAAUUUUAUGUUGUGGAUUUCGCUCAAAAUAAAGACUAUCAAAAUC